CCGAAAAAUCCAAAGAACUAUGUCCCAUCGUCACGUGGAAGGUGAAAACCAAGAAUGAAGUUGAGAGUAAUCAGCCUGGCUUUGAGAAACUGACGGAGACAGAAGACACAGUUGAGCUGGUUAAGCACUAUGUCUGUACCGUCUGCAGGAAGAACUUCCCUUCGGACGGAAGGCUCGAAGCUCAUGCCAUGUUCCAUGAAUUCACAGAAGAGCAUACAUGUCCGGUGUGCGGGGAAAAGCAGAGGAAUACUUUCAUGCUGACGAAACACAUGGCGAUCGAGACACGUCAGCAGGACUCAUAAGUGCAUGCACCAAGUGCGACAAGGCGUACAAGACCAGAGGUGCGCUGUACAGACAUGAGCGUGAUUUGCAUGGUAUACCGGUGGUUAGGAAUCAUUCUUGUAGGAUAUGCUCGACACGAUUCACCAAGAAGCUAGAGCGCUUGAAGCACGAGAUGACACACAAAGAGUUCAAGGACGUCGUAGACACACCUAAAAAGAGAGACCGCAAGAUGAAACUAGAAAUUGGAAAAAGAACGAAGAAACAGACAGAGAAUAUUGAUGAAAAUAUUAAAAAUGUUAUUGGAAGUUUAAAUACUAUUAUUGAAAAAAGAACGUCUGUACCUGAAGAAGAGGAAAUUCCAAACGUAGGCAAUAAAACAAGAAUGCAAAGUGGAAGAUUAUCGAUGCAGUCUCGAAACAGGAAAGCCAAAAAUAAACCUCAGGAGCCCCAAGACAUGUUAGGUAAAGCGGCCGACUAUUACAUCAAGCCAAGACCUUUCAAAUGUCGCUACUGCACCAAGAGAUAUGUUGAUAAGACCAAAGCGUAUGAGCAUGAGAAGGAAGUCCAUGAAGGUAAAGGAACUUAUAAAUGCACAGAUUGCGGAAGGAUGUUCAUGAACGAAGCUCGUUUCCUGGAUCACGUCAAGAACCACGAGCAGCAUCGGUUGUACCGAUGUAACCUCUGUGCUCGAUCCUUUGCCUCUGAGACCGCUCUGAACAACCAUCAAGGAGAACACAACGGUCUGAAGCCUUUCAAGUGUGACCUCUGCGGACGUGGCUUCCGGGUCAAGAACGCCGUCUACCAGCACAAGAGACGGAUGCACCAGACGCGCCCCUUGCGCUUCUUCUGUCCUGUCUUCAACAAAGGGUUCUCAGAUAAAGGGGGCUUGACCAAGCAUGAGAGACGCCACAAGGGCAUCCGACCCUUCGUGUGCUUGCAGUGUGGGAAAGGGUUCACCGUGAAGCAUAGUUUACAGGUUCACAUGCAGAGUAUGCAUGAGGAGAAGAGACCGUUCACAUGCCACAUCUGCUUGAAGACAUUCACCUUGAAUCAUAGCUUUACAUCUCACAUGUUCAGACACAAUUAAGGUACAGGGUGAGGAGCCUCCUGGACAGACUGACAUUCACCUUGAAUCAUAGCUUUACAUCUCACAUGUUCAGACACAAGGUACAGGGUGAGGAGCCUCCUGGACAGACUGACAUUCACCUUGAAUCAUAGCUUUACAUCUCACAUCUUCAGACACAAGGUACAGGGUGAGGAGCCUCCUGGACAGACUGACAUUCACCUUGAAUCAUAGCUUUACAUCUCACAUGUUCAGACACAAGGUACAGGGUGAGGAGCCUCCUGGACAGACUGACAUUCACCUUGAAUCAUAGCUUUACAUCUCACAUGUUCAGACACAAGGUUCAGGGUGAGGAGCCUCCAGGACAGACUGACAUUCACCUUGAAUCAUAGCUUUACAUCUCACAUGUUCAGACACAAGGUACAGGGUGAGGAGCCUCCAGGACAGACUGACAUUCACCUUGAAUCAUAGCUUUACAUCUCACAUGUUCAGACACAAGGUACAGGGUGAGGAGCCUCCAGGACAGACUGACAUUCACCUUGAAUCAUAGCUUUACAUCUCACAUGUUCAGACACAAGGUACAGGGUGAGGAGCCUCCUGGACAGACUGACAUUCACCUUGAAUCAUAGCUUUACAUCUCACAUGUUCAGACACAAGGUUCAGGGUGAGGAGCCUCCAGGACAGACUGACAUUCACCUUGAAUCAUAGCUUUACAUCUCACAUGUUCAGACACAAGGUACAGGGUGAGGAGCCUCCUGGACAGACUGACAUUCACCUUGAAUCAUAGCUUUACAUCUCACAUGUUCAGACACAAGAUUCAGGGUGAGGAGCCUCCGGGACAGACUGAACAACUACAACAA